GUUUGUGACCCAAACCUUCACUUCCAUUCCUCCGACUUCCACUUUCGCGCUCGAAAACUAUACCUAAUUUCACUCCAAAAUUGCGUGCUUUUUCGAGUUUCGAUCGAUCAUAAACCCUAAUUCCUCAAUCCUGAUGUUCUGAAACUAAUUUACAGACGCUGAAACCCUAAUUGAGUUCCUCAUGUGCCGUGUGUUGGAAAUGCUCGCGAAUCUGACUACACAAAAAGGAUAGAAACAAAAAACCCUAAAGUUUCUUUAGGAUUGGCUAUGGACGCCAAGGACAUUCUAGGAUUGCCCAAAACUCCUUUGCCAAUAACGCAAGAAAAGAAAUCCCAACCCAAGAAGGACUCCCAGAGAAAACCCGAUGGCAUUUCCCGCGAGGUUUAUGCACUUACUGGAGGUUUGGCACCUCUUAUGCCGUCAAUUGAUACUACUCAAUUGAAACGACGACCCCCAUCAGACGAGAAGAUCACAUGGCAGUGGCUUCCUUUUACAAAUUCCGCUCGUAAAGAUAAUCUUCAGCUUUACCACUGGGUCAGAGUUGUAAAUGGUGUUUCACCAACAGGCGACUAUUCCUUUGCUAAGUAUAACAAGUCUGUUGAUAUUGUCAGGUAUACAGAUGAAGAGUAUGAGAAGCACUUGACUGAUCCUAUGUGGACCAAGAAAGAGACGGAUCAAUUGUUUGACUUGUGUGAGAGAUUUGAUCUUCGCUUCAUUAUCAUAGCUGACAGAUUCCCGUCAUCACGGACUGUGGAAGAAUUGAAGGAUCGAUAUUAUAGUGUUUCUCGAGCAAUACUACUAGCUAGAGCUCCAUCUCCGGGUGAUGUAUCAGCACAUCCUCUUAUUAAGGAACCAUACAAUGUUUCGCAAGAGGUCGAUCGUAAACGUGCACUAUCUAUGGUCCUUUCACAAACAAAACAGCAAGAGCGAAAAGAUGCCGAGGUUCUUGCUGAAGCAAAAAGAAUAACUGAGUCACGCAUGGCUGCAAGGGGUGUUGAAGAAUCUACUUUGCAUGUAGCACCAAAUGCUGGUCCAGAAAUUGCUGAAACUGCUAAUGUUGAUGGUACUGUUUCGCCUUCAUCCAAUGUUCAGCUUGCUUCUGCAGCAGUUGCUCCCUCAACUUCUGUAACAGCAGAAAAUGCUUCCACUCUAGCUUCUCUGCGCAUGCUUCGUGUGUACUUGAGAACAUAUGCACUUGAGCAAAUGGUACAAGCUGCAAGUUCGACUGCAGGGCUUCGAACAAUCAAGCGAGUUGAGCAAAUAUUACAAGAUCUUGGGGUUAAUCUAAAACCAAGGGUACCAACCAAAGCUGUUUGUGCGGAGCACCUUGAAUUAAGAAAAGAAAUACUUACUCUGCUCAAUCUUCAGAAACAGUUACAAUAUAAGGAGGCAGAAGGUUCAUCUUUUCGUGAUGGUUCAUAUACUGAAAUGCCAGGCACACCCAAGCGUUCUCACCGUGAUCAGGACGGAAUAUUUAUUCCAGAUUCGAUGAGUUUUGGAGGGGAAAGGGCUGGCAGAAGGGAUCAGAAACGCAAGGGACCUGGACGGUUAUCAGAUGCUCCAGCUUCACCAGCAGCUCAUAAAAGGCCUAGAAAAUUGAAAGCUUCGGAUCUAUGACUUUGAAGGUUCAUCACAUUUCCUUCCCCUGGAUUUGCAAGACAGCAAAUUUUGAGGGGCAGUAUUAAAAUUAGGGCCUCAAAGGAUGUGUCGCGUAAUCUGUGAGCAUCCCUUUUUAAAUGUCUAGGUGGUAUUGUUACAUCUAAUCAGAUGCCAGGCUGGGAUGUAAUCGCAAGUUGGAGAAGUCUUACUAUUAGUGGGUGCAAAGGGUGUAGACUUCAGUUCUUCUGUACAAAUGGUUAAUUUUCGGAAGCUUAGGAGUUUUCUUUCUGAGCUAAAUUUAACAUUUCUAUGUAAAUGCAUUCCAUCUGAGAAUAGAAACUAAUGACUUCUCUUUUCA